GCUCAUCUUUGGAUUCUUUUCCGAUCGGUACGGGAGAAAAUGGCCGAUGGUCAUCGAUCUGGUCUUCUUCAUCAUCCUCGAGCUGGCCUCGGGGUUCUGUCAGACUCUGCCGCAGUUCCUUGCGGUGCGUGCGUUGUACGGCAUUGCCAUGGGAGGCCUUUAUGGACCAGCCGGGGCCACCGCGCUGGAAGACCUCCCGUACGACGCUCGCGGCCUGCUGUCCGGGCUGUAUCAGGAAGGGUAUGCCGUGGGAUAUUUCCUGGCCGCGGCCUUCUACCGAGCUCUGGCGGUGACGACUCCGCACGGCUGGCGGAGUCUGUUCUGGUUCGGGGCCGGUCCGCCGGUGCUGAUCAUCCUCUUCCGCCUGUGGCUACCGGAGACAGACCAUUUCCAGGUGAUGAAGGCGGAGCGGGAAGCGUAUGAGCGUGAGUUGCGCGAGUCCGGACAGGAGGUCGCCUCGUUCAAUGUGAAGAGGUUUGCCGUCGACGCCGGCCAGGCAAUCAGCCAGAACUGGUUCCUCUUCCUCUACAUCGUGGUCAUGAUGACGGGCUUCAACGGCGUCUCCCACGGCAGCCAGGACCUGUACCCGACCUUCCUCGAGGACCAGGUGGGCAUGUCCGCCACGGAUGAGACGGUGGUGACCAUCGUCGGACAGGUGGGCGCCCUCCUGGGCGCCAUGACGGUCGGCUACAUCAGCACGUUCUGCGGGCGCCGUCUUUCGAUGAUGGUCGCGUGCAUCUUCGGCGCCGGCCUCAUCCCGGCAUACGUCUACCCGCGCAACCUGUCCCUUAUAGCCAGCUGCUUCUGGGAACAGUUCUGCGUCGGGGGUGUCUGGGGCCCCAUCCCCAUCCACCUAAUGGAACUCUCGCCCAAACCUAUCCGCUCCCUCCUUCUCGGACUAGGCUACCAGCUUGGGAACUUGGCCUCCUCGGCUUCAGUGACUAUCGAAACAACCAUCGGCGAUCGGUACCCGCUCCCCGCCCUGGCCGACGGCACAGCCCGAUACAACUACGGCAAGGUCAUUGCCAUCUUCCUCGGCGCUGUCUGGGCAUAUAUUUUCGUUUUCCUCCUUGUCGGGCCCGAGAUGACUCAAGAGGAACGCGACGCGGAGAUCGAAGAGGCGCGUCAGCUGGAGACCCUGCGCGCGCAGGGAAUCUCGCACCUUGAUAUCGGCCACACGAGGAGAGCCCUGGAGAAGUCAAUCGAGGUACAUGAUUUGGAAGUGGGGGAUAAAGCAGCCGUCGAACAUGUCGAGUAGCC